AUGGCUGGCAAGGCUUCCCCGCUGUUCUCGCCCAUAUGCAUCGGCGGGGCAAAGAGACGCCUGCAGCUGCCCAACCGCUUCCUCAUGCUGCCCAUGUACCUCAACAUGGAGCAGGAAUUGCUGUUGUGGACUGAUGACCACAUGGACGCGUUGGGCAGCUUCUACGCGGAGCGCGCCAGGCACGGCGCGAAGCUCAUUGUGUGCGGUGGCUUAGGCGUGUCGCGUCUGGGCAAGUGGCGCAUCGACAGCAUGGCGCUCGGCACUCACGAUGCGGCCAAGGCGUUGUCGCGCGUGACACACGCCGUGCACCAGGAGGGUGGCACUAUUCUCGCUCAGGCGCUGCACCCUGGCCGUGCGGCACGGCGACGCUGGUUCAUCUCUUCCACGUCAACGCCAUCGUCGGUGCAGCCGUUCCCGAAGGCCCACCCGUGGCGCCUGCCAGGACCACUUGUCGACUAUAUCGUGUCUGAGCACGCGCGGUUUGCCCGCCUCGCGGAGGAGGCAGGCUUCGACGGUAUUGAGAUACCUGUGAGUGAAGGCGGGCUGCUGCAUAACUUUCUCUCCACCGCCGUGAACAACCGCCGUGAUCGGUUCGGUGGCUCGCUUGAGGGGCGUCUGGAGGCGACGCUGCGUGUGCUGGAGGCUGUGCGGCAGGCGCUGGCGGAGCCGGAGCGUUUCCUGGUGUCAGUGCGGCUUUGUGUACAUGAUCUGAAGGUGGGUGGUACACCACUUGCGGAGACGAUUGCAGUUGCAGAGGCCCUCGCGCGCUUUGGUGGUGUUGAUCUGCUGAGCACAAGUGUCGGCAUGCACGACUCCCCUGUUCAGACGCUGGCGUCGGGUGUGCCGCAGGCCGCCUUUGCGCGGUGUGUGCGGGCCGUACGUGAGCAUCUACACUCCCAUAGCCUCUGCGAUAUACCUGUUGUGGCGACGCACCGCGUGCACUCCAUCGCGGUGGCGGAGCGGCUGUUGCGGGAAGGCGUGUGCGACAUGGUGGGCGUUGCUCGGCCGUUGCUGGCAGAUCCGCAGAUGAUCCGCAAGGCAGAGGAGGGCCACACGGAUGCCAUUGUGCCUUGCAUAGCGUGUAAUCAUUGCAUCAAUCGGCUAUACAAGCAUCAACGCAUUACAUGCGCGCUUAACCCUAUUUGCGGCUAUGAACGGGAGAGGAAGUGGGCGCCGGCGAAGUACAAGAAAUCUAUCGCCGUUGUGGGUGCCGGUGCUGCAGGUGUGACGUGCGCGCUUACGCUCUGGCGCCGCGGUCAUGACGUGACACUCUUUGAGAAGUCAGGCUGCAUCGGCGGUCAGCUGAAUCUCGCCAAGGUGGUCCCGGGGAAGGAGACUUACCAGGACGUGCUGGAGUACUGGACGCGGCAGCUGCGCCAGUCCACCAUCAACGUGCGCCUUGGCGCCGAGUUCACACGAGAGGAGAUGGCGCGGAACCAUCAGUUUUUCCACGCGGUAGUGCUCUGUUGUGGGAGUCUCCCACGCCCUGCCACGUCGCACCAAAUACCCGGUACUUCCGAGUGCCCGCUGGUGGUGCCCUUUGAGAAGAUUCUCAAUGGCAGUGUGCGUGCCGGCCGUCGCGUUGUGAUUAUCGGCAACGGCGCCAUCUCGCAUGAUGUGGCGUCAUACCUUCUGCAUGACCCGCGUGUUUCGCGGAGCAUUGAGGAGUACUGCGGUGAGUGGGGCGUCAACCUUGACGAUGGCAGUCUUGACCCGCACGCAGCUGAGCGGGCGCCGCGCAACAACCGUGAUAUUGUGUUGUUCAACAAGGCAGACAAGGACGCCGACCUCUCGCGCGGCAAGGGGUGGUCACAGAAGCUGUGGAUUCGCAACCACGGCGGCACCAUCAUCAAGCACGGUCUAGUGGAGAACAUUGAUAAGAAGGGCGUGCAUAUAUCCAUGGUGGCGCCGGACUCACGCAAGUACUUUGUGGAGUGUGAUACGAUCGUGUGGGCGUAUGGGAUGCUGCCAAACAUCUCCGUCGGCACGUGGAUUUAUGAGUGGAUGAAGGACGGCGCAAGGCAGCGCGGCGAGAUGAUCGCUGACUUUAGCAUCUACACCGCAGGCUCGUGUCGUGACAGCUACACCGGCGAGGGCCACGGGGAGCAGGACCUCCUGCAGGCCGUUCACGAGGGCUACGAGAUCGGGUACAAGAUAUGA